AAUGCUUUGUUGUCUAUCUGAUGUUCUUGUUCUUGGGGACAAUGGGUGAGUCCAUGUACAAGUUCCACAUUUCGGUGCGCUGUACCAAGUUGUCGUAUGUUUAUCAUGUCGGGGUUUUAUUCUUUACCACAGCUGGGACAAAGACACAAAAAAUCUUAUCUGUUCGCCAAGACAAACAUUUCGUGUUCGCUAAAGCUGGAGACAACUUGACUCUGCAAUGCUUCUAUGAAAACGUCGUGGACGCUCGGUUCUACUGGUACAGGCAAAAUCUGGGGCAGAAGCCAAGGCUGGUCUCCACCUAUUACAAGUACGACAAGAACGCCACUUUCCACGAUGAAUUCAGAAACGAUCCACGCUUUGACCUGGCGAUCACUAAAGGCAAAAAUCAUUUGAAGAUAAGAAAUCUGAGGAUUUCAGACUCUGCAGUUUACUUCUGUGCAAGCAGCUACCUGUACAGGCUGGAUUUUGCUGAAGGCACAAUGGUGUAUGUAGAACAAACAGGUUCCAAGCUGCAAACUUCAGUUUAUCAGUCAGCAUUGGAGACCAUCCGGCCCGGAGGCUCUGUGACCCUGAACUGUACGGUACAAACUGGGACCUGUGGCGGAGAGCACAGCGUUUACUGGUUUAAAAACUUCGAAGAGUCUGAACCAGGACUCAUUCACAGCCAAGGGGGUGAGAACAAGCUGUGCAACAACAAAACCGGCGGACAGACACACAGCUGUGUGUACAAGCUGCCGAUUGGCAAACUGGACGCCUCUCAUGCUGGAACCUACUACUGUGCGGUUGCCUCCUGUGGACACAUUCUGUUCGGAACAGGCACAAAGCUGGACUUAAAAGAUACCAACAACUUAGAGACUUAUUUAUGGACCGGAGCCUUUUCUUUCACCUCCCUCCUGAGUGUUUUACUGGCUGUCUUACUGUGUGUGACACGUAAGAAAAAGAGCUUCAAAUGUUCAAAGUCUGUAAAAGGGCCAUCCAACAAGCCAGAUGUGAAGGAUGCUUGCAAUGCACAAAAAGCAUAUUACGCAGCUUUUUUUGCACUGUCCAAUAGACCACGAAGGAGAAAGGAUCCCAUCUGGAGUGAAUGUGUGUACUACAGGGUUUAGUAGUAGAAUGGGAAAAAAUAUAUAUAUAUUACAGCCAAGCACAGAAUUGCUUGAGAUUUUGUUCUGACUAGAUUUAACAUCUGCACUUUGAAGUGAUCCUGGCUGGAUCACAACUUAGAUCUGAUAGAGAAUCUGUGGAGCGAGUUCUAUUUACUGAAGGAUGUUUUCUACUCUAUGACUCGUCACCAAUUAGAAAUAGAAAUCAGCGAAAUACAAGAGGAAACGUGAAAAGAAAAAUAAAGGAUGAAACUGAUUUCAACAUGCUUGUUUAAUAGAACUGGAAUAAAUGUUUUUAUUAAUUGAUUGUUGUUCAAUUAGAUCCGAAAGGACUUGUCCGAUAAGUUAAUUUCUUUGUGUUUAUUCUCUUAUCCUGUUCCUUACGCUUCGUGGAUUUUGUUUUCUUAGAUUAGUAUUGUUGUUUUUUCCUCCAUGUUUUGUUUUUUUCCUUUCAGAGUUCUCCAAUGUUUUCCAGGCAUAAAGUGCCGUUUUAUAGCAUAAUGAAGUAACUAUGUUUCCUUCAGGCCUUCUAAAAGUGCUAUAUUUAUUAAAUGACUUAAAAGAAGUCUUGCUUCCUAAUUUAAUGCCUUGAAAUUGGGCCUCUGUCUCUUUAAAAACUUCUGUUCUUUCCGAAACGCCUCCGUUGUGAGGAAGUCGUCACAACAGUCUUGGUUGAAUGAAAAUUGUUAUAAAACAUUUUUUUUUUUUAUCAUUUCAGUAAAUGUGCUUCUAAUUCUAUGAAUUUUGAGUCUAUCAGUUUUUGCUUUUGUUAUUUUUUUUAUCAACAUUAAGCUUGAAUAUAUCUGUUGGUUACAUAAACAUUGCAAAAUAGCAAUACUUGACUUUUAUGUUGUUUGUGAAUAAUUUCUGUAGCUUUGUAAUCAUUUUUAAGA